CGGCGGAGGGUUUUUACAGCCGCACAUUAAUGGUGAACUUUCACCCGUCGUACUGGUUUAUUGUUUUGAUUUAGUAUGCUAAUUUUUCACAUUAACUGUGGCGAGUUGGUCGACAAAAGAAUAACGGAAAAUAUAUGAACGUACUUUGAGGCUUACCGACAGGCCUACAAUCAGUGUUUAGGAUGAGUGUGGCUGGCAGCUGAGAGCGAGGAUGACAAAGAUGACUAAGCUAAACUAACGUUAGCUGUUGCUAUGAUGACGAGGAGCAACGGUGGCGUGUAGAAGCAACACUUAAGACCUUCUAGCUUUAUUUUAUUAAGCUUGUUAGCCCGUUAGUUCUCAGACAGACUGUUCUGUCCUGUCUGAAAUAAGACAUUGAACGCUUUCCCCCCAAUCCAGAAAUUACGUAUUUGUGAAAGAUCACAGAGCAUUGGACAUUUGCAUCACUUUCCUUCAAUGGGUGAGGAAAAGCCCGACACAUUGGACUUUGUGAAGGAUUUCCAGGAGUAUCUGAGCCAGCAGACCCAACAUGUCAACAUGAUAUCAGGCUCCGUCAGUGGCGUCAAGGAGGCAGACGAGCUGCCAGCUGACUGCAGCCAGAAUGGACUGGAUCAUUCCACAGUGGACAUGUCAUUGGAAGACAGCUCAGGGAUCCUGGUGGAUGGUUUUGAGAGGACAUAUGAUGGAAAGCUUAAGUGCCGCUACUGCAACUAUGCCACCAGAGGCACAGCACGACUCAUCGAGCACAUCCGCAUUCACACAGGAGAGAAACCUCACCGCUGCCACUUGUGCCCAUUUGCGUCAGCCUAUGAGCGCCACCUGGAGGCCCAUAUGCGAUCGCACACAGGCGAGAAGCCUUACAAGUGUGAGCUGUGCUCUUUCCGCUGCAGCGACCGCAGCAACCUGUCACACCACCGCCGGCGCCGACACAAACUGCUGCCCAUGAAAGGCGCUCGCUCACUCUCACAUAAGAAGAUGCUGAGUGUUCUGCAGAAGAAAGCAAGCUCACUGGGUUUUGGCCGCCGGCUCCUCAUUAACUUCACCCCUCCUCCUAUGGCGGUGCACAAGCCAGACAAUGUCAGUGACUACUCCCACGACCUGUCCCACUUACGCCAGGAGCCCUAUGAUAAUCAGAGCCGAGCAAGUGAAGAUGGGAUCACCAAUAACCAGAACCACCACCAUCAUCAUCACGAUAUGGUUAUGGAUAACCCCUUGAACCAGCUGUCCACCUUGGCUGGCCAACUAGCCAGCCUGCCUUCAGAGUCUCAGGCCCAGACUCAACCUCCCAUGUCUCCAGGAGCCGAGUGUUGUGAUGAGAAGCCUUUCCUAAUCCAGCAGCCUCACCCUGCCACCGCUUCUGUGGCCGUUACAGCCAGCAUGACCCAUGCGUCGUCCUCUUCCCCAACCACAGCAGAGCCCCGAGCUCCUCCCCACAGCAACUGCAGUCCUGGAGACGGGCCCUGCAGUGAGCACAGUGGGCACAUGAGUACUCCUAGUAUCUCAAACAGCCAGCCCAGUACGCCGGCCCCAGGCCUGUCCGCUCCACUCCAGGAUUCCCACAUGCUGCAUCACUGCCAGCACUGUGACAUCUACUUCCCCGACAACAUCCUCUACACAAUCCACAUGGGCUGCCACGGCUACGAGAAUCCUUUCCAGUGCAACAUUUGUGGCCACAAGUGCAAGAGCAAGUACGACUUUGCCUGCCACUUUGCCCGAGGGCAACACAAAUAAGGCACAAAUGAGGAAAACUUAG